GGUAUCACAAUCGAAAAUUCGUUCGACUCAAAUCAUGGAUAUUGGUGCAGUUCUCUGCCUCUUGCUGAUUAUUUCGUUCAGCUCGGAACGCCAAUCCACCAGUAAUGAACAAGCAUCAGAUCUGGCUAAUUUGGUUAAGAUUUUGGUGAAAACAACUGCCAAGCCUGGUCGUUUAACUGUGAUGGCUUGUUGGAAUUCAGACUUUAUUUUUCGUUUUUACACGAGUUUCCACAACAUCAAUAGUGCAGAACUUGGUUUGGACUAUCAACUCGUCGUAACAAAUACAGAUUUUGUAAAUGUGCCCGAUUCAAUUGAAGAACAGUACGAGUUUAUUGUAAUCGAUUGGCGAUGUCACGGCGCUGAAAAUAUUUUGAUCAACAAUGAAAAUAAACUCAUGAAUUAUCAUUGGUUUUUAUUGGAUAUGCAAUUCACAGCAGAGACAGAAAACAGGUUUUCGGAUAUUUUCCAAAAUGUAUCGAUUUCGCUAAAAAGUGAAAUUUAUUAUAUGCAAAUGGUGCAAGAUGCACCAGACAAUAUGAUGGUACAACAAAUUUAUCGUGUUGAUGUGUCGAUGCCUUUGAUAGUCGAAUCGUUUGGAAACAUUGAAAAUGGUCAGUUUAUUGACUAUCGCAGCACACAAAUAACCUCACGAAGACGACAAAAUUUGCUUGGUUUACAAUUGAGAGCAUCUAUGGUGGUGACGAAUAAUGAUACAUUAAAUCACCUCUCAGACUACCGUGAAAUUCAAACUGAUCCAAUAACGAAGGUGAAUUAUAUUCUAACUGAAUUUUUGAUGUCAUAUCUAAACGCAACGGCCGAAUAUUCGAUAGUUCCGUCAUGGGGCUACAAGGACGAUAAUAAUGAAUGGAGUGGAAUGGUUGGUCAACUGGUGCGACAUGAAGCUGAAUUGGGAGCAUCGCCUUUAUUCAUGACAGUCGAAAGAGUUCCUAUAAUUCAGUAUAUCGCUUCACCAACUGAAACGGGCUCUCGCUUCAUAUUUCGUUCUCCGAAACUCUCGUAUACCGAUAACGUAUUUUUAUUGCCAUUCGAUGACUUCGUUUGGUACUGUCUUAUCGUUUUAGUUAUUGUUACAGCUGUGUUUUUGAUCAUUUCGGUUUUUGUCGAAUGGAAAUAUGUGGCAACCUAUUUGCAGGCGAAGACUUCUGCCUCCGAUCUAGGACCGUCGAUUGGUGAUAUUUUUUUUGUCAUAUUUGGAGCUGUAUGUCAGCAAGGGUCUGCGCUUACUCCACGAUCCGCGGCUGGACGUAUGAUUAUGGCUGUUGCAUUUACUAUAUUAAUGUUUCUCUACACCAGUUACUCUGCAAACAUUGUGGCGCUUCUUCAGUCGCCCUCCACCAGAAUCAAAACACUUAAAGAUUUAUAUGAAUCUCGACUUGAAAUUGGCGUGGAUGAUACGGUUUUCAAUCGUUACUAUUUUUCCCAUGCCGAAGAAUCAAUCAGAAAGAAAAUAUACAUGGAAAAGGUUUUAAAGAAAAAUGGGCAGGAUAAUUUUAUGAGCUUGGAGGAAGGAGUGCAAAGAAUAAGAAAAGGCUUAUUUGCAUUUCAUAUGGAACGUGCACUGGGCUACAAAUUGAUGAGUGAAACAUUUUUCGAAGAUGAGAAAUGUGGCCUCGUUGAAAUUGCUUACCUCCAAGUUACUGAUCCUUGGUAUGCAAUUAAAAAGAAUUCAUCGUUUCAAGAACUUUUUAAAAUUGGAUUGAUGCGAAUGCAUGAGCAUGGACUAUCUGAGAGGGAAAAUACGAGAAUGUACACUCGGAAACCGCGUUGUGUCGGAACACAAGGAAAUUUUAUUACGGCAAGUUUGAUUGAUACUAAACCAGCCCUGCUCAUUCUAUUGUGGGGCCAUUUGGCUGCAUUCACAGCUCUCGUGGUUGAAUUGAUUAUCAGAAGCAUUAAGAAGAAGAAAAUCCAUUCAAAAAUUUAAUUUUUACUGAAAAUGUACAA